GGAUUUUAUGGCGAUAACAGUCGCUUUAGAGUCAAUCUAGAAGCUUAUGUUCCUUUAUAUAAAUUUUUUUUAAGAAAAUGGGUUCGCUUGGCCGUGCGCAGAUCGGAAUUUCGACGUUUUUUCCUUCUCCGCAUCCAACAGAUCAGUGCGGUACAAAUGGACUACCACUUACUCCAAAUUCCAUCGUAAUAAUUGGUCGGUUUCAGCGAUUGAAAACUCUUUACCAUCAAAAUGUGUGUCAGUAUCUGGAUAUCAUCAGAGCCAAACAUGAAAGGCUCAUAGUUGCUGAGGAGUUCUAUUCUGAAAAUUUACAGCUUGCUUUGAAAAAUGGUAAAAAAUUUAGUUAUACUGAUAUUAAAACAAUUGCAUUUCAAGUUGUUCAAGGCCUUUCCUUUCUCAAUGCACAUGGCAUUGUCAAUAGGAAUUUGUCUCCUGUGAACAUAGUAUUCACUCCAAAGGGUGGAGUCAAAUUAUCCAGAAGUUGUUUAUAUCACAUGACUGGUUCUGGGGCUCGAGUUGCAUUUCCAAUUGGUUCUCCAGUAUUCAUGGCUCCUGAGGUGGUUUUAACAGGCCAAGGCCUCUCACCUGUAUUUGGACCAUCAGGACCAAAGGUUGAUGUGUGGUCUUUGGGGAUGGUUUUGAUUUACCUGAUAUUGGAAGGGUCUUUGUGGGCAACUGAAUCUGAAAACAAUCAUGUACAAAAGAUAUUCUUGAAAGUUCUCUCUCUUGUAAAAGGUGUUCAAGAUUCUUCAAGUGAUGUUCUUAAACUUCUCUUUGAUGACAAUCAUGCACUGGAAAAACUCCAGGAAAUUCCUUCAGAUCUGGCUUCUUUUCUAAGAAUUUGCCUGACAGUGGAUGUUGCCAAAAGGCCUGUCCCAUGUGAGUUACUGAAUCAUGAAGUGUUUGCCAACUUCGAUAAAGCAAAGGUGAAACUAACCAAUGGAUUUCAGAAAUUUCCUGCUGUAUUCAACUUAAAAGAACUUCCUGUUGGUGAUUUUCAAAAUGAUGAUUUAUUGCAAGAUGUUGAUGAUGACGAAGAAGAUCUCCUUUCUGAGAGACCGCUACACGAGGUGUAUCACUUAUGGAGACUGGCUGGAGGAGAUAUGGAAGGAGAACUGAAGAAACGAGGACUUAUUAAGACAAAGCCUCCAAUAAUGACGCUUCCAGUCAUUCUACUACACACUGGAGAGGAACUUGGAAUGGAAAAAGAUCGAGUGUUACUCUUAGAUGAAACAAUAGUUCCUGUAUCGAUGGCACAACUUAGACAGAGGCUCAAACAUGUGGAUCCAUCUGCAUAUUUUCCACUCAUUGAGGAGGAUGAUCCAUCCUCUAGAUAUGCUCUUCUCGACACAGCUGACCUUCCCUUGACAAUUAGAGAGACAACUGUGGAUUACCAGUUUCACAGAAUUGUCCUGUUUCAAAGACUCCUAGAGGGUUAUCCUUACACAAGAGAUCGUAUAGUACGAGAAGCCAGAAUAGACAUUCCUCCUUUCCUUAGAGGAAAGAUAUGGGCAGCGCUUCUAGGGAUUCAGGGUGAUAUCCAAGGUACAUAUGACGCUAUUGACAAGGAAUCUUUCACUCAAACAGACAGACAGAUUGAAGUCGACAUUCCUCGGUGCCAUCAGUAUGAUGAACUGUUGUCUUCACCCACUGCUCAUGAGAAGUUUAAGAGGAUUUUAAAGGCUUGGGUUGUGUCUCACACCAGCUUGGUCUAUUGGCAAGGUCUGGAUUCUCUCUGCGCGCCUUUUCUUUCACUCAAUUUUAACGACGAAGCUCUUGGAUACGCUUGUCUGGCGGCUUUCAUUCCCAAAUAUCUUCAUAACUUCUUUUUGAAGGACAAUUCAGCCAUUAUACAAGAAUAUUUGGCCGUGUUUUCUCAGCUUAUCGCCUUUCAUGAUCCUGAGCUUUUUAACCAUCUUCAUGAAAUUGGAUUCAUCCCAGAGUUGUACGCAAUUCCAUGGUUUCUCACCAUGUUCUGCCACGUGUUUCCUCUUAAAAAGAUUUAUCACCUUUGGGACACUCUGUUGCUAGGCAACUCAUCCUACCCACUGUGCAUUGGUGUCGCUAUUCUAGAGCAGCUACGAGAUCAGCUGCUGUCGUUUGGUUUCAACGAAUGCAUCCUUCUGUUCUCUGAUAUGCCAGGAGUCGACAUUGAUCGAGUGGUGCGAGACGCUAAGAGGAUUUUCUGUAACACUCCGCGUACAGCUUCAAUGAGACGACAUGACAGAAUGUAUAACGAUCCAAAUGUGAAACAUGAGAAAGAGUUUAUUCCGCUAUCACAGCUUAAAGCUGAAAUCUGUCCCCGGAUUUCCGCUCAAGAUCUUGUACACAUUUGUGAAUUGGACGAAAAUGGAAGUGCCAGAAGCCCAAGGAAAACCAAACCUCGUGGUCUGAUCGUAGAUGUCAGGCCGGCGGAGGAAUUCGCAUGUGGCCAAAUUCCCGAGAGUGUUAACAUUCCUUACAAUCAGGCGUUCCUCGAAGAGGGCGGACUGGCUCCAUCACCGGCAGCAAAUACACUGACUAACUUCAAAGGGAGAGUGAUUGUUGUUGUGGGAAAUCGCAAUAAUUACCCCGCUAAGGUUGGUACUGAGCUUGUUCAACUUGGAUUUUCGAGAGUUUGUGUCUUGGAAGAACCAGGGUUGUCAAUUCUUCGCACGCGUGGACAUCUUACAGUUCCAACUUAAUUAUCUGUGAGGACGUUUCAGUUGGAAAACACAUUCUAUUUCCUUAAUGAUAUUCAGUUCAGCCAAUAAUGUGGUAGUCUUCACUUAACGGAAAUACUCACUUAGGCAUGAGUUGUCGCGUGGUGUAAAAGAGAGUUACGCUAUUGAUAAAAAUUGUAGGCCGUCAGUAAUUAUUUAUCGAAAGUUAGUCGAACGGGAAGGGAAAAAAAGCAAGAUUUGAAAGUUAAUUCUUUGGUACUGUAAUAGUUAUGAGAUUUCACAAAUAACUUUCUCGAUAUCUGAACUCCAAUAAAAUGUAAAUUUAUGAAUGAG